CGCCGCCGCCGCCGUCCGGCCGCCGCGAUGAGCGUGGUGGGGUUCGACGUCGGCAACGACACCCUGGUGGCGGCGGCGGCGCGGCAGCGCGGGAUCGACGUGCUCCUCAACGCCGAGUCCAACCGCGAGUCCCCCGCCGCCGUCGCCUUCUCCCACAACGCGCGCCUCCUGGGCGCGCACGCCUCCGCCGCCGCCUCCUCCCACGCCCCCUUCUCCAGCCCCAAGCGCCUCCUCCUCCUCGCCUCCCGCCCCGACCUCCACCCCCGCGACCUCCCGCGCCUCCCCUUCCCCGUCCACACCCUCCCCCACGCCGCCGGGGGCGCCCUCGUCCACGCCGACCACCUCGGCCGCCGCAUCCCGCUCGCCCCAACCCACAUCCUCGCCAUGCUCCUCGCCUACCUCAAACACCUCGCCGAGGCCGACCUCGAGGCCCCCGUCGCCGACUGCGUGAUCUCCGUCCCCUGCUACUUCACGCAGGCGCAGCGCCGCGCCUACGCCGACGCGGCCACCAUCGCGGGCCUCCGGCCGCUCCGCCUCAUGCACGACCUCGCCGCCACGGCCCUCUGCUACGGCCUCUACCGCUCCGACCUCGGGGCCGUCGCCGGCGGGCCGCCCGCCUACGUCGCCUUCGUCGACGUCGGCCACUCCGACACGCAGGCCGGGGUCGUCGCCUUCGACCCCGCGGGCAUGAAGGUGCUCGCGCACGGCUUCGACGCCGACCUCGGCGGCCGCGACUUCGACGAGGCGCUCUUCGAGCACUUCGCCGCCGAGUUCAGGGACAGGUACGGGAUCGACGUCCUCGGCAGCGUCAAGGCCAGCAUGCGGCUCAGGGCCGCCUGCGAGAAGGCCAAGAAGGUGCUCAGCGCCAACGCCGAGGCCGUGCUCAACAUCGAGUGCUUGAUGGAGGAGAAGGAUGUGAGGGGCGUGAUCCGCAGGGAGGACUUCGAGAGGCUCUGCUCCGGGUUGCUGGAGAGAGUCGUCGAGCCGUGCAAGAGGGCGAUGGCGGAUUCAGGCAUUACACUCGACAAGCUGCAGUCUGUGGAGCUCGUCGGGUCAGGGUCUCGGGUUCCUGCUAUUGCUAGGGUUUUGGCAGGAUUCUUUAGAAGGGAGCCUAGUCGCACCAUCAAUGUCAGUGAGUGUGUGGCUCGGGGUUGUGCAUUGCAAUGUGCAAUGCUUAGCCCCACAUUCCGUGUUCGGGAGUACGAGGUGCAAGAUGUAAUUCCUGCCUCAAUAGGGUUUUGCACUGAAGAAGGCCCAAUAUCAACAUCGUCUAGCAACGCGGUGUUCCGCAGAGGCCAGCCCCUUCCCAGUGUUAAGAUCAUCACAUUGCAUAGGAACAGCGGUUUUACUUUGGAUGCGUUUUAUGUGGAUGAGAAUGAAUUGCCUCCUGGCACCUCAACACAAAUCGGUAGUUUUCAGAUUGGCCCUUUCCAAGCACAUAGUGAAAAAUCUAAAGUCAAAGUAAAAAUUCGGUUAAAUCUCCAUGGGCUGAUUUCAGUGGAAUCAGCUGUUUUGAUUGACGAUGAUCAAAGGGAUGCAAAUUCUGCUGACUCUAUGGAAGUUGAUUCCAAUGAUGACAUGGAUCACAAGUCAAGAAAUGUACGGCCAAUGCACCGGCAGGAUUUGCCAAUUGUCGAGUCCAUUUAUGGUGUAAUGAGCAAGCAGGAGUUGCUGGAAGCUCAAGAGCAAGAACAACAACUGGCCUAUCAGGAUAAACUUGUGGAGCGAACGAAAGAAAGGAAGAAUGCAUUAGAAUCAUAUGUGUAUGACAUCCGUAAUAAGCUUUCUGAGAGGUAUCGGAGCUUUGCAACUGAUUCUGAAAGGGAAGAAAUAUCAGUUAAUCUACAGCAGACGGAAGAAUGGCUUUAUGAAGAAGGUGAUGAUGAGACUGAAGCAGUUUACACUAGUAAACUUGAGGAGCUCAAAAAGCUUGUAGAUCCCAUUGAAAAUCGUUGUAAAGAUGAGGAAAUCAGAGCUGAGGCCACGAGGGAGCUGUUGAAAAGCAUUGGUGAGAACAGAAUUGCUGCCAAGUCAUUAUCUGCGCCUGAACAAGAAGCCAUUGAUGAUGAGUGCACUAAAGCUGAGCUGUGGCUGAGGGAGAGCUCACAACUACAGGGGUCCUUGCCCAAGAAUGUUGACCCUGUAGUUUGGUCCCAUGAAAUCAAGAAGAAGGAAGAAGAGCUGGACAGGUCAUGUAGCAACAUAGUAACUAGUAAGGGGCGGGGGCACUCCAGCGACGACGGAUGCUAGCGGGGGGUUCAGAUCAACUACAUAAAUCGGAUAGAAAUAUUAGACCUUGCUGAGGUGUCGCUGCUGAAUUGCUGUGGCUAGGUCUGACAUUUUGUAGAAAUAUAGAGACAGAUGAAUUUCAUCUAACAUCGCCAUACGAUCAACUCUGUACCACACUGCCCGCCAUUGGGUCUGCAUCUGAAUAUGCUUACGCGCAGUUUUCACUUGAGAACCUAGUCAUGAUUGUUGAUACUUGUGAAUUCUUUUCCCCAUAAUCAGAUAAAGGUUAUUUUCUGCUUA